GUAACUGGGUCAGUGCGCUCCGCUCCGAGGCUUCAGGCUGCAGCAGCAACAAGUGGACCGGAGACAGAAGCUGCUCUCUCAGUAUGGGAGCCGCUCAGAGUCCCGCACGGAGCUCCGACUGAAGUCCGACAUACUGGUAGGAGAUCCGGGACCUGAUCCUGAACCACGGACCAGCUCACAGCAGCGGGGACAGACAGGGAUGGAUAACCCGGGUAGUCAGACCCGCGGACAGGAGUCCAGCAGCGGAGCCCGGGACGAGCUGCCGGUGGGUCUCACCUGUCUACCGGAGAGAUACCGGACCGCCAAGUUCAGCCUGGCGGCUCACCUCCUCUGCUGGGCUCUGCUCAGGUGGUACCAGAAACUCAGAUGCCAGUCUGCUCCUCUACAGUCUCCACAGCACCAGGACGCCCUCGAACACUCCCCCCUACUCUCUGAAGGAUUAGGCUUAGAGGAGGGGGAUUUGGGUGCUGACUCCCUGGAAUGGUGCGAGAGAGGCACGGGACGGGGUGACGCAUCUGAGGAGUGUUUCGAGUCCUGCUCUUGGCGCAGGGACACCCUGUCGGAUUUUACUGUGGACGGCGAGGACUCUCUGGAUACUCUGCUAGGACUGGAAGGGGCCUACCUCGGUCGGCGAGCAACGGACGGCACCUUCCGCACUGGGCAGAGUAAAGCCAGACGGAGAGAGUCCGUGACAGCCAAGGACGACCACAGAGAUGCCGCUGAGACUUAUGUUGGACAAUUUCGAUGUAGCAGGAGGGAAAGCCUAGAGAACCACGUGGACCCUAAUAUUCCCUCAAAGUUCAGCACUAGAGACCUGUGCACAGUUAAGAUUCGACCCUGUCCAACUACAGAGGAACUAAAACAAGAGUUGCACCGAAAACGGUGCAGUUUACAGGCUGUUUGUUCAGAAUCUCAAGUCAAGGACAGCACAGAGUCAUACUGUUUACAUGUACAAAGCCAACACAACACAGACACCUUUGACAAGAAGGUAAAUAGUCCACCAGACACUCAGGAAGUGAAAUUGCAUGCACAACCUGAAGAAAGCAAUCCCAACAAACUGAAUGAACCGACAGACUCGGAAACAUGCACAACACACUUAGAUACCACAGAGGACAAGGUUGUGGAGGGACAACAGGAAAUCACAUAUGAACACAACACAAGGUUACAGACAGGGAACACAGAAAGAAAAAGCAUAGAGAAGACAGACAGAGAAAGCUUAGAAAUCUGUAAUGUUCAGAAUGUAGAAGUAGAGAAUAUUGAACUACUCCGCACUUCCUCUAUAGAGAAAAACACAAGUUUAAAUAGCUGCAAUAGUGACUCUAAUGGUAGACAUCACAGGCGGAGAGAACAUUUAGAACACCAGGGUAUAAUCAAUGAAGACACACGGGAUCUAAAAGUGCACAAGAACGAAAGGGACGUGUGCGAGAGUGUGGGGACAUAUCGUAAUGGAACACGUCACAAAAUAGAGAGUCAUUGUGAAGACAACACAUGCAUAGCUGAUACACAUUUCACUGAUCUAUUGAAUGCACAAACAUCUAACAGUGCUUGUACACCAGUACACUCUAAAUCAGAGACAAAAUACACAGACUCUCAGUUAAUUACAGAAACUGUUGUAGCGAGUCCAAACAUCACAGAAGCACAUGGCGCAAAGACACAUAGUGUACCACAAAACACAAAGUCAGCAAAGCUCAGAGACACACUCGAGGCAGUCAAUAUAUUGGCACACAAGGUGGAUGUUUGCUGUUCACGAACUCUGUGUGAUGAGAGCUCCAGCAGAGGACUGUCAGAGAUCCACCCUCAGGUUUGUACUAUUGAAACGAAGCCCCAGGAUAAGGCAAGGGUGUCAGGUGUCUGCUUCCAGGCGGAGCAGUUUCGGUGUGUUGGUACUACAACAGAGUUGACUACACAACCCGGGACAGUAAAUGAAAUAAGUUCCUCCAUCACGUUUUCCACAGAGACCACAGCCUCUUUUCCAUCGGAUACCUGUUAUGCUGAGCCGACUGUGGUUCCAAAGGUUUCUACGCUAGCCUCACCUGUUCUGUUGGCAGAUUCAGACAGGGAAGAGCUCACUGACUGGCAAUCAGAUAAAAAACAACCUCAGGACGCACGGUUACAACCACAACAAGUUCCAGGUCGAACCCAGGGUUUUAUUCCCAAUCACUUGGAUCAGGGGGGUGCUACGAUAGAAAUAGCCACUCAUAGGCAGCUCCAUUCUGUGGACAAGCUUUUGGAGAGGGCACGGUCAGGCUCUGUAGAAUCAGGACCUGACUCAACUCAAAUCCAAUCGGACACUGGUAAGGAUUCUGAGGAAUGUCUGCCUCAUCACCCAUUCUUGAAUAAUCUGCUGUUUUUUUCUGGCAACCAAGGAGCAGAGGAUACCUCCCCUCUGUUAUCAGAGAACUUUGGAGGAGAGAGGAAUAGAGAAGGAUCACCCUACUCUCUUCUUUGGCAAAACAAGGAGCUGGAGGUGGAGGGCAACCGUGACUAUCAUGACCAGGAACAAAUUGUGGAAGUAGAAAGCAAAGUCAAUCUUCCACAGCCACAACUUGGCACAACAGAGCUUUCUGAGCACAUUGAGCUGAGAGUAAUUCCAAAAGCAAUAGUCAGUGAUCCAGAUGCCUACUUUACUCAGCAUGUGCCUAGUAGGAUAGGGAAAACAGCAACCUGUCCUGCUGCUACUGAGUCCAUUCAGGACAGUAGCAGAGAACACCCAGGUUUAGCUCAAGAAGCCAUUUCCCAGACAAACAUACAAACUACUGUCAGCACAAGUUCUAGUCAUUGUAAACAAGUUCUGCUAAAGAUCCCUGAACCUCCCUGUAGCCUGAACGCCUCUUUUCCUCUGCUCUCAGACUCCAACAAUAACAUUGAGGCCAGUACAAAAGGGGUGGGGAGAGGGGAGGGUUUAGGCUUUUCCUCACUGGGAGCCCAAAGCAACUACGAAAGUAACAAGAGAAUAAUUUGUCCUGUGGUCGAACCAUCAACAGAUGUGACCACUGACCCCUUGGGAGAUGUAGACAAGCCCCAGGAAGAUUCUGAGUUGUUCCUUUCUUCACUGGACCAAGGAACCAACUGGAGCAGGGAGGACACUGAAUCUGUGCAAGGGAAAAUUCUUGACAGCCAAAGCCAUUCAAACCUGGCUCACGCAGAUGAGCUAGACAAACUAAAAACAGAGAAGAGUAUUGAGGAUAACACUGUUGUAAGUCUAGAGUUCAAGUGCCCUAACUCAGAAAGAAAUGAGGGUCUUCAACCCUUAGUGUCAAGUUCGGAGAGCAGAGGCCUAUUAAUGGACAGUGAAUUUAAAGAGAGAGAGGGGCACUAUUGUAGCCAACCAGGGGGUCACAGCUUACCCAACAGAAGAAGAAGCAGCCUAUCCAAAUCAUUUGAGGAAUAUACACUGGCUGUGGAGUAUAGAGACCACACACAGAUCAGAUGGCCAGCUCCACAGCAGGAGGUGAGGGUAGUAAGGUACUCACACCCUGAUGUCAGUCUCAAUCUGCUUGCUGCCAGUAGUUUAGAGCCAAUUCUGGAGGCUGAGCGUUCUUAUAGCACAACAGAGGAUGAUUUAUUAAUAGAAACAAAGAAAGAAUAUAAGGUCAUGAGGCCUGCUGAGGAAGUUGGGGAUAUUGCUAGCCUUUCAGGGGACAUAUCCAGUCCCAAGAGUCCACACCACCAGCCUGAGCAGGAAGAAGAAUAUUUGACCACUGCUGAGUUAGAACCUGAGGUGAACCCAGCAACACCUGUUCUAUGUGGUAGUGGCGAAAAGCACUCCAGACAUAUGACUGUUGCCUAUGAUGCUGUGUCUUACACCUCAGCUAGCAGCAACUGCGAUACAUUCGAGGAUCCUCACUUUGCUAUUUCAGCCAGAAAUGCCGACGAUGACAAAAUGACCAAGAGAAGCAAAACAAAAGGCAACCAGACAGGAAAUAAAGGCUCCAAGUUUUCUGUCUUUGCUAAAAUGCCUUCUUUUAGGAAGGUUAAGGACUCAAAGGGUGCCAAAUGUGAGGAGGUGCCUCAGGAGUUAUCAGAUGGGGGAGAUGAGGGCUUUCUGUCUGAGCAAAGGCCUCAGAGGGACAACUCAGACGAUGAGGUUUUUGUCAAAGAUGACAUCCUCAGCCAAACAGUUCACCAAGAAUUUCCCUCAUUGCAUGACGAGAUAGAAGAAGAGAACUGUGGCUUUUCCCUCUCUACUCCCCAUACUCGCCCUGUCCAUCAACUAGUCAGCCAGAGGAGUAGUGGGGAGGGUAACGGAGGACUAAGCCCAGACAACCCCCUCCUCAGCCAACUCCAGUCGCCUAAUGGGCAGACCUACAAGAGGAGCAAGAGCAACGACCAUUUAAACAUCCGCAUGCGCUUUGCACAAGCACACAAGUCCCUUCACAGCCUGUUUGAGUCCCGUUCACUGGAUCAGGAGAAUGAGAAGCAGGCCACUGUGGGCAUUGAUGCGGAUUCUGGUAUUGCCAAACAAUCCCGGAGGAAGAUAAAAAAGGCCAUGGAGGCUAAGCUGCUGAAGAGAACUCUUUCAGUUCCAGAUGGGGAACGUAGCAACAUGGCUUCUGGGCUUCUGGGCUGUGGAGAACUAAUGUCUUCUCCACUCCUGGACAGGCUCAGGAGUCCAGGGUCGCCAUCGUCCCUCAGAGCCCUUCGCCACACCGAUCCCAUCACUAAGCGCGGAGUUCCACAAGGGAGUGGAAAGGAAAUCCCCCAUGGGUGUAAAUCUGAGGGCCAGAGAAGAAAAUCCAAUGGUCUACCUUCCACACUGUGUGUGUCUGGCCUACCUCCAUUUUCAGAUGACUCUGCAGUCCAACAGCCCAAUCACACCAGCCAAGAUUCACUAGCCACACCUACUCAUCAGCUUGCGCCGUGCUGGACCAGGUCCCACCCAGUAACCAGCGAGGGCUUGUUUAAGAGCCCACUACGACCAAUGAGCCCUAAACCUAACAGUCCUAGGCCGGCAGUUCAGCGUAAAAUCUUUUGCUACCCUCUCUCAGCGAGGGACAGUUCUGUCUGUCAUAUCCUUCUGGGCCAUUCAGUCAGCGUGGAGGGAUUAACAGACCCCCCCGAGAGACCUAAGACCUUAAAACCCUCGGCUAGCCCCCUGGGUCUCAGCCUCAGCCCUCUGGAUGCAGCCGAAGGCAGAAUAGACAGCCAGUCACACAUCAGCCUGUAUGCCAUUGGCUCUAUCAACAAAUUAGAGGGCACACAAAACGAUGGUGGACCUGCCAGCCAGUCCAGAAGAAGAAGGCUGUUGGAGGUGAAGGACGAGGGGAAGGCCUCUGUGGUUUUUGGUGGGCUGAGGACUGGCUGCUGGGUGAAUGUGGGGUGUGACGAAGGUGGCCAGCAGAGAAGGCGAAGGUUUUCAGACGACCUCUGGAUUGAAGAGCAAAAGAAACACAAACGCAAAUUGGCCAGAGCCAUCAGGGGGAGCAUGGGACAACUCAACACACUGUUAUCUGAAGACAUAGACAAAACUGAUGCUGGAGUCCAUUUGGGGCCAAUUGAGGCCUUCCGGGGGAUGUCCCUCAAAACCCACUGCUUCUCUCAGAGCACCCCCAUUGGUCUUGACUGUCUGGGCUGGAGAAGAUGCAUGUCCUACUCCUCGGUGGUUGUUCCUGAUGGGUCGUUAGAGAAGGCGGGGUUCAGCGACGACCUGGGCAGCGAAGAGGACCUGCUGUAUGAAGAGUUUCGCAGUGCCGGACAUCGUUUUGGACACCCGGGAGGAGGCGGAGGAGAGCAGCUAGCCAUCAACGAGCUGAUCAGCGAUGGCAGCGUGGUGUAUGCCGAGGCCCUGUGGGACCAUGUCACCAUGGACGACCAGGAGCUGGGCUUCAAGGCCGGCGAUGUCAUCGAAGUAGUGGACGCCACGAACAAGGAGUGGUGGUGGGGUCGCAUCAUGGACAGUGAGGGCUGGUUCCCUGCCAGCUUCGUACGGUUACGUGUGAACCAGGAUGAGCCCAUGGAGGAGUACCUGGCCCACCUGGAGGAGGCUCAAGCUGGAGAGGAGAACCAGGCAGCUCUGGGCCUGUUGCUGGGACCCGGUUUACCCUGCAAGGAACAGAUGAGGACCAACGUCAUCAAUGAGAUCAUGAGCACAGAGAGAGACUACAUCAAGCACCUGAAAGACAUCUGUGAGGGUUACAUCAAACAGUGCCGCAAGCGGACCGACAUGUUCACCGAAGAGCAGCUUCGGACCAUAUUUGGCAACAUUGAAGACAUUUACCGAUUCCAGAGGAAGUUCCUGAAAGGCCUGGAGAAGAAAUUCAACAAGGAGCAACCGCACCUCAGCGAGAUCGGCUGCUGCUUCCUGGAGCACCAAACAGAUUUCCAGAUCUAUUCAGAGUAUUGCAACAACCACCCCAACGCCUGCGUCCAGCUGUCGAAGGUCAUGAAGGUCAACAAGUACGUGUUCUUCUUCGAGGCCUGCCGACUCCUCCAGAAGAUGAUCGACAUUUCCCUGGACGGCUUCCUGCUCACUCCGGUUCAGAAGAUCUGCAAGUACCCGCUGCAGCUGGCCGAGCUGCUCAAAUACACCAACCCACAGCACAGGGACUACAAAGACGUGGAAGCGGCCUUAAACGCCAUGAAGAACGUGGCCAGGCUGAUCAACGAGAGGAAGCGUCGCCUCGAGAACAUCGACAAGAUCGCCCAGUGGCAGAGCUCCAUAGAGGACUGGGAGGGAGAAGACAUCCUCAGCAGGAGCUCUGAUCUCAUCUUUUCGGGGGAGUUGAGUAAGCUGUCCCAGCCUCAGGCCAAGAGUCAACAGAGGAUGUUUUUCCUCUUUGAUCAUCAGAUGGUGUUCUGCAAAAAGGACCUCCUGCGGCGGGACAUGCUGUACUACAAGGGUCGACUGGACAUGGAUCACAUGGAGGUGACGGACGUGGAGGACGGCAAGGAGAAGGACUUCAACAUCAGCGUGAAGAACGCCCUGAAGCUGCGCUCGCUGGCUGGUGAUGAAGUCCACUUCCUGUGUGCCAAGAAGCCGGAGCAGAAACAGCGCUGGCUCCGAGCCUUCGCCGACGAGAGGAUCCAGGUCCAGCAUGACCACGAGACAGGAUUCUCUCUCACAGAUGUCCAGAAGAAACAGGCCAUGCUUAAUGCCUGCAAAAGCCACCCGACCGGGAAACCCAAAGCAGUGACCAGACCCUACUAUGACUUCCUCCUGAGACAGAAGCACCCCUCUCUCCCCACUGCUCUGCCCCAGCAGCAGGUCUUCAUGCUGGCUGAGCCCAAGCGCAAAACCUCCACCUUCUGGCACAACAUCGGCAGACUGACGCCCUUCAAGAAGUAAAGAAAGAAAGAAAGAAAGAAACGGGAGAGGAAGAAGAGCGAGGCCGCGGAGAGAAAGAGAGGAGCUCCAUGCUCGUGCCUGAUAGACCCUUUUUAAUGAUCUCUAUUCUUUCCUCCUCUAACGUUGCCUAAUGGACAUACUGAUUUAUUGUAUAGAUGAGGAUGAGUAUGAUGAAGGGGCAGAUUAUUUUUUUUGAAAGCACUUUAUAGGUUGGUUAACAAUCAGACUUGAGAAUGGUCUCCUGGAGACACUGAGUCAAACAGGGAGAGUGGACUCUUGCUUAACUUACUACUACUACUACUACUACACCUUCAAUCAAGCGCCGAUUGGUACUAAUACUACUACUGUACUGCUGUGAGUGAGCGUGGGACUCCUGAUUGUGCUGCCUCUGUGAAGACGUUGCUGUCGACAACAUAUUGUCAUUUAUUUCCACUGUUGUGUUGUUUUAUGAUUUGACAGAUGCCAAGUGGUCACAGUGUUCACGGUGUUCGCGGUUCACGGUGUUCACGGUUCACGGUGUUUACUCUGUCCACGGUGUUCACGGUGUUCACGGUUCACGGUGUCCACAGUGUCCACAGUGUUCACGGUUCACGGUGUUCACGGUUCACGGUGUUCACAGUGUCCACGGUGUCCACGGUGUUCACGGUGUCCACGGUGUCCACGGUGUUACGGUGUUCACGGUGUCCACUGCGUUCACUGCGUUCACUGUGUUCACAGUGUUCACAGUGUUCACAGUGCUCACAGUGCCAGAACCUUUGUUUUUACAUUUCUUUGCUUCUGUGUCUGUUUAUGAAAAAAAAGGGAAAAUUGCGAGUGGGGCGGGGGUUUCCUGUGCUUUUCUCUGUACAACAUUUCAGUAUCAUUUCAGCUGUUUUUUCAGUGUUUUGUGCUCUCCAUCUGCCAUUAUUUGGUUCUGUAUGUCUCUGGUGCAUUCAUGGUGUUACAAGUCAUCAUAUACAAGGCGAUCCAACUCAGCACAGAUUAGGAGCUUUUUAUUCAGACAAACAGCAACACACCUUUCCGGAGUCUGUUCCUCCACUCCUCCGUAUACCUACCACGUCAACGACAGUAAACAACCCGUUCUUUCUUUUUCUUUUUUUAAAGUGCCAUUUGAAGUGUGCCAUGGAUGAAUUACAAUGACAUGCAUGGAUGUGAUGAAAAACUACUGUGAAGAAUAUUGUUUUUUUUUGUUUUUUUUUUAUCUCUGCUAUAUUUAACCAGAUUCAGGAAGUAGCUGACAGCAUCGCACACUGACGUUCUUUGAGCUACUUUUACUUCUGAUCGCCAGUAUUCCUGCUCUGUGUAUCUGGUCUCCAGUAUAAUCUCAUGUCACAUCGAUGCAGCCCAGUGAUAUCACUUCUGUAAGUGCAUUCAGUGAGAUGUGCUCCUUCCACCUUUAUGUUCAAAUGUUUUAGCUUCUGACGAUAUGGAAUAUUAAACAUUCCUAAGAUGACUAACGUGA